AUGAUAAGGGAAUUAUUUGAACAAGAUACCUUUGAAGAGCAAUUUGAAAUAAUUGAUGUAGAAUUGUGUGGAGAAAAAUACAGGAUAAGAGAAUUUAAUUUUCAUCCACUAAAUGCAAAUAAAGUUUGGCCUGGUAAUACAGUUUUUGCGGGGUGGCUGCUGGGAAAUUUAGAAGAGUUAAAAAAUAAAAAAAUUAUAGAGCUGGGUGCUGGAAGUGGAAUUUUAAGCAUUUUUUUAGCAAAACAUGGGAUUGAUAUCACAACAAGCGAUUAUAAUGACACAGAAAUCCCUGUAAAUAUUGCGUAUAAUUGCAAUUUAAAUGGGAUAUCAGUUAUUCCUCAUAUAUCUCAUUCUUGAGGGGAAAGUAUUGACUUUUCAGUUGAUUUUGAUAUUGUGGUCGCUUCAGAUAUUUUACUUUAUGUUAAACAGUAUGGAAAUCUUAUAGAAACGCUUAAAAAGUUACUUGAAAAGCCACAGUCAAAAUUCUGGCUAAGUAAUCGGAGGAGGAUUGACACAGAAUCAUCAUUUUUAGAUAUGUGCACAGCAAGUGGGCUAAGUGUACAAAACAUAGGACCUAAAGUAUUUGAAAUUAAAUUAAACUAA